AUGACUAGUUGUAGUCUCAAGUGUAGUGUAUUACCCUGCAUACACAUACAGAACGAGAAAAAUGAAACAAAUUUGGAAGACCCCAAGGAAGAAGGCACAAUACAAUGUUACAAAGAUGAAAUGAACAUGAAUGCAGAAGAUACGGCGCAUGUUAAUAGUGCAAUGGAUAAUAAUAACUUGUGUGAUAAGUCGUCCGACGACUUAAAUACGAACGUUGAAAUUCACGGCAGUGGUGACGUGAACAUGAGUAGCAGGGACCCUGCGGCGAGCGCAAGCGCAAGUGCGCAUGUGAACGCCAACAUUAGUGAAAAUGCCAAUAGGACCGCGUACGUCGACACGAACACCGACCUGAUCAGCGGUGUGAACAGCGGCACUCCCGCGAACUCCACUGACAGGGCGAACGGCAACGCGAAAGUUAACGUGAAUAAGUGCACUCAAAUAAAAGAUUUCAACCCCGAAGAGAUGAAGGCGUCGUUCGAGAAGGAGCGAAAGGAUAUCCUUCUGAACACCUACAACUACUACUUCUGCAAUAACUACGGGGACAUAAACCAAAGUGAUCACAAGAGCCAAGACGACAUGAAUGUGUACUACUACAAGAGGGUGUCCCUCAAUUUUAUGAACUACGAUAAUGACACGGAGUAUAAGGAGUACGAUGGUGACAACGGCAACAAUAACAGCAGCAAUGGGAACAACAGCAGUAACGGAAACAGUAGUAGUAACGGAAACAGUAGUAGUAACGGAAAUAAUAGUAUUAACGGAAAUAAUAGUAGUAACGGUAACGAUAGCAGUAACGGGAACGAUAGCAGUAAUGGGAACGAUAGCAGUAAUGGGAAUGACAGCAGCAACGCCAACAGUAGCGGUAACGCUAGCCCGUCGACCGAAAAGCCCUGCCAAGUAAAAGUCAAGAAGUGUAACACGAAUAACCUCUUUUUUAGAACCAAUUCGUACGACAAUGUAUUUUUGAAGAAGAUAAAAAUAACGACGGUCGACAAUAAGUGCACCAGAAAAAGCAUAAAAAAGUACAAAAUUCCCUUUGAGCCCAAUUUUUAUAGUAACCGCUUCUUCUUCUCCGACAAGAACAUAAAUGAAGAUCCCCUUCCACUUAGUGAUAAUUUGACAAAGUAUUGCAGUUCCCUGUCCGUCAAUUAUAACACCGCCAACAGUAAUGGUAGUAGUGAGAACGCCGCUGUAAAUAACGUUAGCAGCGGUAUUGGCCAUGGGAAUCAGGCCAGUAGUUUUAGAAAUUCAAGGAGGCGCAACAACCCUAGUAGUAGCAACAAUGGCAGCAGGAGUAGCAGCACGAAUACAUCGUGCAGGAGUUUUCCUCGGUACUCCUACAGUAUGCGGUUCGAGGGUCCCCCCCCACAUUUCCUCAUUUUGAAGUACAACAAUGUUACGAAGAAAGCUAACAUAGUGAAGAAGGUGCCAGUGAAUAAGAACAUCUCCUUCAACCUUGCGAAAUUUAUUGCGGAAAAGUACAUCCAGAUUUUGAGAAAGAACUUGAGGAAGAAGGAGAAGAAAAUGGACAGGGUGAGGAGUGCGAGGAGCGAAGUGGACAACGGUGAAGUGGAACAUGGUGAACUGGACGAGGGUGCAGUUUGUAAUGGGGCACACGCCUACAACAACAGCGGAAGCCGCAGCGAAUGCACGAACGGAAGCCAGCACGGGAGCAACGACGCCUAUGACUCCAAGAAGGAUAUAGCGUACAACAACAGCACCAACUGUGAGAGCUACCAGGGCAACUUUUUCAAAUUCGGCACGAAGAAUUAUGAUGACGAUGACGUGAACAAUAAUAACGGCAGCGCCUGCAGCAGUCGCCCCCGUGAGGACGUCAACGGGGACCAGCUGGAUAAUGAGCUCGAUAAUGAGAACAAUAAUGAGAACAAUAACGAGCACAAUAGUGAGCGCAAUAAUGAGAACGAAAACAGCGACAACAGCCUCUUCAACCCCAGCGGGGGGAGCAGCGAGAAGAAUAAGUUCCGUGCGAGGAGUCAAAACAGCUCGGACUGUUCUGCAAGCAAAAGUAACGGGCAGUUAAGUGACGAACAACGAAUGGCUGAAAACGCAAGAACAGGCGAACAGCCUUUCUACGGUGAACUCCUAAUUAGUAGGAAUUACGAAAACAACGACAGUAAUGAUCUGCAUAAUAUAGACAUGAAUUCUCUAAGUUACGAAAAUUACAGUUCGGAAAAUUUGUACGAUGAGAAUCUCCUCACCUAUGAGUACCUCAACAUAGAUUUGGACAAUGUAGCUUUUAACACAGACACGGAGAAGUAUAUCAAGUUUUUAAGCAACGUAAAAAUAUACUACCUGCAUAAGAUAGACGACAUGAGAAAGGUCCUUCCGAUAGGUGACAACUCGACGGGAAAUAAGCUAGUCAUUUUGGUAAAAAUAAAAUAUGGGACGUGCGUAAAGUCCAAGAUCUUCAUUUUUGAAAACGUGCACGAUAUGGUGAGUGAGUACGAGUACGUGGACGGCGAUUCGCUUGACGGUAUGGAGCAGGGGGGUGGUGAGAACACCAUGCAGUUUAUGCUGAGUGGGAGUGCCUAUUAUGGGGCAAAUUAUGUGAAGAGCGAAAGCGGCAGCACCGGGCCCAAUGCGAAUAGUAACAGCGAAUCGGCGAACAGCGAUCCCUUGGCGAAGGUGCCAACGGAGAGUGCCUGCAGUGGAGGCAGCUCCAAUGGCGAAGCGAAUCCCAAUGGUGAAGCGCAGCAGGAUCGGGAAAGUGAGGACCCCGAGAAGAAUGGCGAUGAAAGCUGCAACAAGAAUGACAGCCAACCGGGGAUGUGCAAACUGGAGCACAGCGACAACCUGUUGAGCUCCGAUUGCCCGGCCCAGGAGGUUACAGUGAAGCAGGAGUUGUUGGAAGGGAAUAACAUUAGCGGCGGAAGUAGCAGUAACGGUGGCUCUGGCGAAACGGCAAAGCGCAACCUAGCGGAAGAGAUGGAGAAAAAGUGCAACGCUUUAGGAAUCAUCCCCGUUGAGAAGGUAAACCCUGAAAUGAAUAAACGGAAGGCAAAAAUAAUGACCAUCAACUAUAGAAGAAAAAUAAUCCACUUUAUACGAAAUAACGUGUAUAUAAAUACAUAUAUAUAUGACUGCUUUGAAAAUACAUAUAUGAACAGUCAGUUUUUCAAGAACGACGUAAUUAUAGUGAACGAUUUGUGUGGGGAAGAUCAAAUGGUCGAUGACAUCCCUGAAUACAUAUACGAAUUGAACAAGUUUGUCUUUAUUAAGUUUACGAGCUUUGAUCAAUACGUUAAGAAGAAUCACAAAAUUGCAGAAGGGUACAUACAGUACUUGCUACAGAGUAACAUAAAGUGCAUUAAUAGGUAUAUGAUAGGGAUACGGUGGAUUCCGGACAUUUUUGCGUAUGAAUAUUAUGUGUGCAAAAUUAUGGAGGGGAAGCCAAAAGGUGGUCGUGAAUGGAAGAACCAGCAGAACUAUAACUACUCCCUGACGUUACAGAAAGACUCGAAUGAGAAAACUUUGAAAUAUUUAGUGGACUAUGAGAAUAAGGUUAUUGAUAAUGUGCUAUGUGUUAUGCACGAAUAUUACCAGGCAAGUUUAUUUACCGAGAAGUGCAUCUUCAAUUUAUUUAAGUUGGUUCUGCUGAGGGUUAGUCUAUACAUUGGCGUUUUGAAUACGAAGGUCAUUACGCUGGAUCUGGACAAGGCCAUGUAUCGAAUGAAGAAGUUUUCGGAGCCUAUAAGUUUGUGCGGCAACUACGCGGUUCCCGAGGGUGCGGACACACCCAAGGGGGAGCGGAAAUUCUUUGAAGGGGAUAUGAGCGGUGUGGUCGAGUGCAGCACGAGUGAGCAGCAGAACGGGAACGCGUGGAACAACAGCCCCAUGGAGGGGGGAUCAACGGGAGACGGAGGGAACACGAACUAUCACAUUCAACUUGUGGACAGCAACGGUCAUAUCCAGGAAGAAGCAGAGGCAAAGCACUCAUCCGACAGCGACCCCAGCAAUCUCCUACAGGUGUACAACCCGUACAGCGAUUUGUUCAUGAAGAAGGGAAAGUACGAAAAUGAGGGAUACUUGCAAAACAAAUUAAGGAAUAAAAAGAAGGUCAGCUACAAUUUGGAUAACACCUCCCUAUCGUUGAGGAGUCGACAGAAGAGAAAGAACUUUUCCAUUGGGAAGGGCAGAGUGCCAAACAGUGGUGCCUCUGCAGGGAGCAACGAAAUCGGGGGAAGUGUAAAUGGGGGGGAAUCCUUCAGCAUGAAGUAUUACAGCUCGUCGACGGAUAACAAUAAGGUGGGUAAUUUACAUAAUCACAAGAAGGAGUACCACUCGAAUGCCAGCGAUUUUAGCGCUGCAUCCCAUUUGACGUCGAAGCAUAAGUACCACCUCCGCAGUAAUAAUGCUCAGUCGGCGGAUAACUACUCGUCGGAGGAGUACGUGUCUAGGAUAGGGCUGAGGAGCAGGAACAAGGGAAGGAAUAGGAUGUUGUACAAACUGAUGAACAAGAAAGGGCUGAUAGAACCGUACUGGUGGUUUUUCUACAAUUUGUAUGAAAAUGCAACAAUACAGGAUAGCGGGAGCAAUUGCAGCAGCACGGAGGGGAAGAAGGAUGGGAUGAUGCGUUCGUUGAAGAUGAAGGGAAUGAAGGGUAAACGUGGCACGGCUGGCCACAUUUCCGGAGGUGACGGUGCGUCCACCCGAAGGAAAGGCGAGCACAAGAUGAGUAGUUUGUUCAGAAAUUAUGAAAGCAGUAAGAAGUCACGCAGGUCACGCGAAAACAGUGAUGACUACAUCUACAGCAAAUUGUUAGAACAAACGUACAAUAGGAAUUUAAUGAAUCAUCUAUCCAGGAGGAAGAAUAAGAUAAAGAUAAAGUACAUUUCGAUGGUGCACGACAUUAUUUACAAGAAGUUUAUUCUUUUGAGUAAUACCGUCUUCCCUAGAAAUAUACACGAAUCGGAAAUAUUGUAUACGCUGUUCCCACACGAACCCCACACAUUCAUGUUUCUUUACACGGACGACAACUUCCAGUAUCAGAAUGAGACCUUUUUGAAGUACGUAACGUUUAGUGACUACGUGAUGAAUAUGAACCAUUUGGGUUUGGCGGGGGAUGGUAGGAAGGGUGGUGUGAUGCUGAUGCAGGGGGGGAUGGAUAGCUACGCGGGAGAUGUCAACGGUGGUGGUGUGGUUGCUGAUCCCAUUGGGGGUGUUAUCCCAGGCGAUCUGUGCGAAGGCGGUUUGCUGUCUUUAGAUGCGUGCAAUGAACUACAGUAUGGGAACAUAAAUAUGAACGUCCAUGUUGGGAACGGCCGAGGCAUUGAUAAAGAUUUUUACGUAGACCAUUUGAUUAUAGGAGGAGCGGAAGGGCUGGUCGGUUCGUCUGCGAAUGCCUUGUUGACGAAUGGGAACUUAAAAUAUUCGAGCAUCCCUAAUUAUGAGAGGGUGAAAAGUAGCCGGCGGGAUGCGUAUUUAGCGAUGAGUGAAAUUGGAGGAACACGGUCCGGGGGGGGCCUUGGUUACAACGGGCUGUUAAACAUUGGCGGUGGUGUGGAGGACGGCCUGACGUUUGGUACAUACGGCGCGAAUUACCCGUUCGGCGGAAAUGGUGAUCCAUACGGUCAGGGGGGGAAUGUGGUUGCCAGCGCGAAUGCCUAUUUGGACACGCCCUCCAAUACAGGUCACAAAGUGUUCGGCUUUGAACGGAGCAGAAGGGAAAUCAAGCCAAACGAGUACUACGACUACUUCAUGGGGGGGAAGAACUUCCUGGGUGUGGGACGAGACAAGUUCCACAACAUUGGUGAGAAGAGAAGCGUCUCCAAUACGACCUUCGGAAGGGGCAGUAAAUAUUACGACCAUUACGGAGAUCAGGAGGAUAAGAAGAACACGAGUGACAAUGAUAUAUCUCUCAUUAAGAGGAAGAAGCACGGCAAUAAGAGAACCAAAAGUAAUAACCUGUCCAGUGUGAAAAAUUUUAGCAACCCUUAUAGCAGCAACAAGAGUGACAUGAACAACGAUGCGUUGGAUAGCAGCGUUCAUGGAAAUUCCUUGAUUCCGAUGGGUCCUCUCCCAACAGGGGUCUACUUCGACUCUGCACGAAAGCUUUGGAGAUGCCAGUGGAAGGAAAAUGGAAAGUUUAAGACGAAGGGGUUCAGCUUGAUUCAUUACAACACUUUGGAGGAGGCGAGAAAGCAGUGCAUUCUAUAUCGAUGCGAAGUGGGUAACAUACCUGUGAAGAGUGAAUGGCUGAAUCCGGUGUAUGUUAGUUCUAACUACUUUUAUAACAAGAAAUAUUCUAGCAGUGCGAAUAACGCCAAUAAUAAUGCAACGAAUUAUGCGACCCCGCAUAAGGAGUUAAAAACGAGUUCCUUGAAUUUGAACCGAUUGAAGGAGAAAACUAAUGGCGUGGAGAGAAAUGGGAAAGGGUUCAUGGACGGAUCGAGUAAGGACUCGAGUGACAACUACUACGGCGCGGUUGGCGCGGUUGGUGGUGGAGGCAGUCCAGAGGGAAGUCCAAGCGUUAAUAGGUAUUCCACGAGGAAUAACACCGCUUCGAGCACGCUGCACCUGAUGAAUAAUGACAAGGGUAAUGAGAUUGACAUUUCCAUUUUGCAAGAAUUCGUAACGAAGAAUAAGGAAAAUCAGAACAACAAUGAGAAGGGCGACGCGGUGAGUAACAACCAGGGUGCGGAUGACGUGGUGGGGAAUAAUGACAUGUUCUUCUUUGAGAAUGGAAAGGUGGACAGCAGUGCGGUUAAGGAGGUCGAGGAGGGACUACCACAGGGACAGCCCGUUCUCGAUGGGGAGGAAGAAAGUGGAGAGGCCCUCACCGGCAGGAGAAGCAAGCGCAUGAGGAGUAGCCCGAACGAUGACACCAAUUAUCAGAUAGAAAUUAAUGGCCAAUUGAAGGACUACUACGGAGGGGGGGGUGAUGGUGGUGGUGCCGAGGAUUUCAUCUCCACUUUGGAGAACGCAAAUAAUUUGGAAAACUUUCGAAGUGCGUUAAGUAAAAAGAUUCUGAAGGAGAUGCAAAGCGGGAACGCCGAAGGUAGCAACAGCGGUUACGACUUAAUGGGGGGUGCAUCUACUACAGAGGUAAACCUGACCCCAGGAAACAACAAUGGUAAUGGCGACAGCGGCGCGAUGUUCAGCCACUUGCAGGCGAUGCUACAGAUGCUGCGUAACAAGGACACGAAGGGGGAAGAGCUAUUAAAGGCCACGUUGAACGGAGUGAAGAUGGAGAAUGGGGUGGCCCCCCCAGGAGAGUCAGGUUUGGACGUGGGUCCUGAGACCAAGGGCAACGCCGCUGAAAGCGCAGACAUGUACCGCAUGUUACAAGGCGUUAAGAAUGAGUUGCUGCUGCAAGGGGAGAAUGGGAAUAAUUUGCCCUACAUGAAUGGUGUUCGAAAGAGGGGGAGGAAGAAAUUCGAUAAGAAGGAGUUCCAGUCGGUUAUGAGAAAGGAUGUAAACGGAGGGAAACGAAAGAAAAUGCCGAUGGUGAACGUGGUGAAUUCGAUGGGCAUUAUUCGAAGAAGGGGAAGGAAAGGGACCCUUUUUAAUACCCCCCAGGAUGUUAGCAGUUUGUUACUAAACGGUGGCAACUUUUCCGAGAGCAUCUCUGCGUUUGUCAAAUACGCCAGCGAGAAUAGUGGGUUAGCGACUGGAGGUGCAGCAGAAGGAGCAACCGCAACAGACGGAGUAACCGUGGCAAACGGACUUGGCGGGUUGUCCAUUAAUAAAAACAGUGACGAGAACGGAGUUGGUGACAAAGGAGGAGAGUCCGCACUGAGUAACAAUUUCCCCGAUGUAUUUUUUCAUGACAUCCAGAAAUUUUUAAACUUUGCCAAGGAGAGAAAGGAUGCCGCAAAGGGGGUCAGCAGUGGCACUGGUGUGGAGGUGGACAAUGCUGGCACGGGGAACGGGUUCGAGGGGGAGGAACCGACCGGGGGGCUGGCCUACUUUAAGGGAAGGAAGUGGAACACCAGCAAUGUCAACAGUGAAUACGAGAAUUACCUGAGGUCGAUCAUGGUUCAGUAUGAGAAGGAGGAGAAGCUAAAACGGCAAAGGCAGCAACAGCAGCAGGAUCAGGAGGAUGCACAGCAGAUGCCCGAGAAGGGCGAACAGGGAGGUGCCACUGACCCCGGCGACGGUGUGUUCCCACAGGAUGACGAAAAUUUGAACCAUGCGGGUGGCAGCGUUAUGGCAAAUGACCAAGGAGAUGACAACAGCGGUGAUAAGAAGGGAGGAGCAGACGACGUUGUACCGAACGAAGACGGCAUUAACGGGAACGCCGUUGUAACGAACGACAAGGGGGAGAAUGACAUAAGCAAGAACCUUUCCAUUGGAUUUUUUCAAAAGUAUCUGAACCUAUUUGGCAAGAAUCAGCAAAGCGCCCCAGAAGGUAACAACAAUGAGCAGGACGAUAAUAAUAACAAAGCGGAUACUUCUGCCGCGGCGGAAGGGCAGGAAAACCCCCAGUACGCAGAGGAUAAGAAUCCAGAAAAAGAAACGAACGUUUACAGCACGAGGAAGAAGAAAAAGAAGAGGGACAUGGGCUACUCCUUCAUGAACAACAAUGACUACUACUACUACGAUGACGAUAAUUUUAACGACCCCUUCAAUGAAAACUACGACGAUGACAAUAACCUUAACGACCACUUAAAUGGAAACUACAACAAUUUUAACGACCAAUUUGGUGAGAACUACGAGAACUUCAAGGCGAAUGAGUAUGCAAAUGGUCACCACAUGGUGGAUGAAAAGCUGGACCAGAAGUAUCUGAGUGGAUUUAAUUAUGGCGCUGGAGGGAACGGUACUACAGGUGCAGCAGGUGGGUACGUAAAGAAGAAGGUGAAAAGGAAAGGAAGUAAAAACAAUGGUACAAAUGUUGAAGGGGGAGAUGGUACCUUGGGAAUUCUAUCCGACGAUGAAUCGAAUAUACUUGGGAUGAAAGGCGGUAAGAAGAACAACUCUGGGGGAGGUGGAUCCGCUGGAGGGGAUGAAGACAUCAAUUUGAUAAAACAGUCCCUCCCGAAAGGAAUAUAUUAUGACCAUGCGAAGAAAUUGUAUCGAGUGCAGUAUAUAAUAAACAACUCCAUUAAGACGAAGGGGUUCAGUGUGAAGAAAUUGGGACUAGCACAAGCGAAGAUGGAGGCGGAGUCGUUCCGCAACUUCUGCCUGGAGAACGGGCUUCUGAAUUCGCGCAAGAGGAGAAUCAACUCGCCCUAUAAUAACAAGAAGGAGGAGAAGAACUUCAAAAUGAUAAAGGAUAACGAGGAGAUCCUGUCGAACUUGCUCUACUUGUACAACGCGAAUAAUGAAAGUCAGCCGAUGGAGUGA